CUCGCAGCAUCUCUCGCUUGCGGCAUGGCACUGCUGCAUCCAAUUCAUCUUCUUUCUCAUCUACGGCGAAAUAUCACUCGGAAUUCCAGCAAGAUGGCGAAUCUUGCUGCCCCACAGGCCUCGCGCCAGUCCAGCAGCUCGAGUGGAUUCGGCAUUCGCUCCCUAGGCGACCAAUCAAUCGACCCCCCAGCCUCCCAUAUCGGCCAAUUUACAUCCAACAACGACGCCGAAGCUCAACCGGUCCCCAGCCGCUCCUCUGGCCGGUCCAUCUCCCCCACCGCGACCCUCGGUGGGGUCCGUCAUCGUAGAGUGUCGGGAGCACCAGGGCAGGCGCAUGGGGUGGAUGAGUAUAGGUGGUUGAAUACUGUUUUGGCGGAUGGGACGGGAGAUGAGCCGGGGGUGGAUGUGAAGAGUAAGAGGGAUGAGAAGACGUAUGGGCAUCUGAAGGCGAAGACCAAGAUCAAAGUGGUGGAUUACUCGUCAGACCCAAACGAAGAAGGCAUGAACCUCGCGUCUCAGUUUCCAGGCGAGAAACUACAAGAAUGGCUCGACAGCACGCACAGCAAGCGGCGUAUUGGAGAAGACGGCAAACCUAUAGGUGUUCGAUGGAUCCAUAUCGAUGGUAUCAAUUGGGAAGUGAUCAAAACCCUCGUCCUCCACUUCGGGCUCCACCCGCUAGCAGUGGAAGACGCACUCGAAGCCGAAUCCUCGCCCCGCUCGAAACUCGACUUUUACCGCAACCACCUCUACCUCCAGCUGCUCAUCCACCGUACGCGGUCGUCGGACCAUGCGGCGCUGGCGCUUGCGGCGGAUGAGAUUGCGGAGGGGACGAGGCAGGGGGAGGGGGAUGAGGCUCGAGGGAAUGGGAAUGGGGAUGGGCACGGGCACGGGCAUGGGGGGCAGAAUGGGAAAGCGGGGUUGUUUGGAGGGAAAGGCGCGGGGAGGAGGGUGGGGUUGCCGGAUGACAUCCAGGGGGUAUUCGAGCCGAGUAUGAUUGCUCCCCGCCGGGGUAUUGGGUCUCAACGAGCAGAAGCGUCGGAGAAGGAAGCGCACAAGUUGACGGUAGAUGAGCUGAGUGCAGAGUAUAUGGUCCCGAUAAGGCGCAACAUUCUCAGUAUCUUUAUGCUUCGUGAUGGUACGCUGAUAUCCCUCGACGCGAAACCAGCAAAAGAAGUGCUUGCGCCGAUAUACGCGAGGUUGCGAGACGAGCAGAGUUUGUUGAGGCGAUCUGGGGAUGUGAGUAUGCUAGCGCAGGCUAUCCUGGAUACUGUUGCGGAUCUGUCCAUCCAAGUAUCGCAGACAUUCGAAUCCGAGAUCCUAAAGAUGGAAGCCUCCGUCCUCGUCGACCCCCAGAUGGAAACCGUCCGCCACCUCCACGUCCUCUCCUCCCAACUCAUCCGCCUCCGCCGCGCGCUCACCCCGCUCUUGCACGUAUGUUAUGUCGUGAGGGACCAGGAUCUGCAGCGGUCUGUGGCUGCUAGUUCUGUGGGGCGGGGGAAGGAGGGAGGGCAGGGGGUGCCGGGUGGGGGUGGGGGUGGGAAUGGGGGGCCGCAAGGGGCGCAAGGGGCGCAGGGGGGGUCGCAUUUGAAUCCCCUGAACCAAAGACACUCUGGCAACAACACCCCCCAAGUAGACGACUCGGCCUCGGUCCUAUCCAUCCUCUCCCCUCGCUCCCACGGCAACCUCACAGCCCUCGGCGCCGGCGCCGGCGCAGCCGCUGCAAAUUCACAAACAGCCCAGCUGGGGUUUUUCACACCGCUGACAAAGGUUUAUAUUGAGGAUGUGAUUGAUCAUUUGGAGAUUGUGGUGGGGAGUUUGGAGCAGUUUGUAUCGACUUGUGAUCAUUUGACGGAUUAUGUUUUUAAUGUGUUGAGUUUCCAGACGAAUGCUUCGAUGGAGAGGUUGAGUAUCGUCACCGUCGUCUUUUUGCCUCUCACAUUCAUUGCAUCCUAUUUCGGCAUGAAUUUCACAAACUUCACCCAGAUCGAAGGCCCCGUAUCAUACUUUUGGAAAGUCGCUAUACCGUGUACGGUCGGCUUCUUUUUGGUGUUUUCGUUCAGUUACCUGAAAGCUUUGGGGGUUACGUUGGCGAGGAGGGUGAGGAGGUGGGAGAAGGUGAGGAAGGUUGGGAGUGCGGGGAGGCGUGGGGGUGGGAGGAAGGGGAGGUAG